AUGCCAAUCAUCGUGAAAGACUUUUCUUGGUGGCAAACCGAUUGUAAAGUAUUUGUUCAACUUCAAAUUCCACACGUCACGCCAAAAAGUUCGGACGUUCUGACGUCUCAUAAAUAUUUAAAAGUAAAUGCCUCGUAUACGUGGGUGGUUGUUGUUUUUGUAGAUAUUUCAUGAUAUUCACGUAGAAAAUUAUACGUGCAUCUUAAUAAUAAUAUUAUGUAUGCAGAUUAGUUGUUUACCUUACAUUUUCGAAGCGAUUCUCUGGGACGAAAUAAACGACGAAUGCAGCAAGUGUACGUUCGACCAUGGAUGUGUUUUGUUCGAUUUGCAAAAAAAAAACAAUUUACAAUGGGAACACUUAAUGUUACAAGCGUCGAAAGACGAAUUGAAAAAGUUAAAAUGUAAAAUUUUAUGCGAAAUACUUGAAGAACAGCAGAAAAAAUCCGAACAAAAAGCUGGUAGGAAUCAGCGUGUAUUUUUUCUAAUGCCUUAUUUUUUUUUUUGCGUACCUAUGUUAUAAGUCCAUGAAGUAUACAAACCGUUAAUUUAAAAGAAAAUCAUCCGUUGGGGCACCGCACAUAAUAUGCAGCAUUGCAAAAAAUACCUACUACUAAAUGCUUAAGUAUCUUUACCUACUACUAUACAGUUAUUAGAACUUUCACAAUAAAUUUACAAACUAAUAACACCUACCUAAAUAAAUUACCCUUGCAUAUUUUCUAUUUUAUUAUGUACAAUUUUAUUUCCAUGUGCUUUGUUCGAAAUUACUUUUCACAACUUGUUUGAAUUAAAUUCCAACAAUUUUUAACAUCAAAACCUCUCAGUAACCGUUUUCUCGGUCAACGCAAAAGUUCGUCUUCAAAGAAACGUUCAAUUGGGUCUGAUAAUUAAUUAUGAUUUGCCUAUAUAUACAAGAAAAAUAGUUUAGGAAAGCUCAUUUUUUAAUUAAGUUUAAAAUAUUCGUAAAGACGUGAAAUUUUGAUAGAUCUUAUUUUUUUUUCUAGCCGUAGUAAAAUAGCUAUUAGUAGACAUUUUAAUUUUGUGAGUUUUGUACGUAACUUUUAUUUGGUAGAUACACUGUGGAUACAAUUUUUAGACUAAACAGAAAUGCUUUAAAAUUUAACAAAAGGUUCAUUAUAUGUCAUACUUAAUAGUGAAUAAAUAAAAUUGAGGGUAAUGUAUUAUUUAUUUUAUUUAUAUGAAUUUUAAUAUCAACUUUUGCCCUAUAAAAAAGAUAAAUAUUAUUGCCUUUAAAAAUUAUAAUCGAACUUCGCACCAAAUCAUUUUUCAUUCGAUUGUCGUUUUUUACAUAAGUAAAUUAAAUAACUUUAUGUGUCCUAAUUUCCUAAAUUCUCACCUACAAUAGUGGCACACCUGUUCCCAGCCCUUUUUUAUUUUCAGUUGUUUUUUAAAUUAUAUUUGCGCUGGUAUAAAUUUGUAUUUAAUACCUACAUACUUAUAUUCAAUUAUUAAUAAUAAUAAUAUUUAUAUAAUAAUACAUAUAAACAAUGUUACAAAUAAUAUUCAUCUCCUUGUCAACCACAUUAAACAAAUUAACAACCGUAAAUAAUUAUUAAAUGUUAGCAUUUAACUGUUUACGGACAGGUGGACAUGAUGGAGAUUUUUAAAAGAACAAAAACACUCUUAAUAAUAUUUAAUAUAAUUUUAUUUAAUAACGUUGGUUCCAGUUCAUCAAAUCAAUUUGCGGAAUUUUCUAAAUAUAUAACUUUGUCUUAUCUAACAUAAAUGUUAAGUUUAUGUAAUUUAAAAAUUAUUACACCUAGUAUUUUCCUAAUUUAAUUUGCUUGUAUUUAAAACUAUACAAAAUUAACUAAAAAUAAAUAAAAAUAUGUUCUGAUUGAUAGAUGUUGAUGGUUUGUGGAUGAACGAACGUUUUCUAGAAAUAAUUUUUAGACUUAUCAGUGGUAUCCAUAAAAUACCCACGCAAAAAAGAUGGACAUAUUUUGCACAAUGGUUGGGCCACUGUUGUAAGUGAGAAGUUAGAAAGAUAGAUGAAAAUUUAAUGCAUAUCUGUACGCAACGAUUAAUUCAUUAAUGAAUACAAAUUCUGAGCGGAGUUCGGUUAUAAAUAUUUUGAAAAGCCGUAAUAUUUACAAUUUUCAUCAAAAUUUGUUAUUCAAUUUCUCAUAAAAAAAAAAUUCUACAUUGUACUUAAUUUUUUUCUUUUGACCACAAAUUACGAUUUAUUAUGAACUUUCUGUUAAAUUUUCAUGCAUUUCUGUUUGAUCUAAUAAUUUAAUCCACAGAGUACCUACCGACAAAAAUUACGUAAAAGUCUAGCAAAUGACUAUAAAUAGCGCACAAAUAGCUAAAAUGUUUUGAAAAUUUUAUCACAUCUAGAAAAGGUAAAUAUAAAUUUUCUGUUAAAAUUUCAAGUAUCUUCAAAUAUUUUUAACUGAAUCACAAAAAAAAAAAAAAUUAAUUUUGUAAAUUUUCAUGUUUUUUCACAGUUAUUAUGGAAACCGCUAUAAAAAUCGAAAAAUAAUCUCCUUAAAGUAUCACCCAGUUAAAAUUUUAUUUUAGAAAAGAUGUCACACAUAAAAAUCGGAACAAGAUUUCUGGUAAAACAGUUGUUCACUAACUUCGCUUGUCUCAGAAUCUAAAAUUAUUUAGGGCCAAAGCACUAUAAUAAAAUUGCCUUUAAGCAGACCAUUGAUAAAACGGAUACACUGUAUAAAACGGAAAUUCAAUUAGUCCCUAGAAAAUGUAAUUUAAUCCUCUUACACGCGCAGGUAUUUUUAAACUCGUGUAAAUCGGAAACCCGUGGACCGCUGCAAAAACGGAAAUUUCCUUCGGUCCUUCGCAGUUCUGUUGUGUAUAUACAGUUUUCAAUUUUGUUUACCAUUUACAAUUCAUAUUUUUAUUACUGUCAUUUAAUGGCAAACCCAGGAUUUUAGCACUGUGGGUCUGCCUCACUUACGAGAGGCCAUUAGUCAUAACUAAUUUUUUAGUAAAAUUUUAAAAUUACUUACAAACUUUGUUAUUGUUAAUUAAUUCAAAUUUAAUUGGUUUUUUAUUUGUCACAUUCAAAUUGAUAUUCGCUUAACAAACUUACCUGAAAUAUUUAAAUAAUUUUGAGUGUUUUAGAUUUUGAGAAGAGAUGUUACACAUUUGUUAUUGCGUUUGUAUACGUUGCGGUAUAUUAUUUCAUCUUAGUUUUCGAUAACCGCUUUCGUGUAUAAUACACACUAUACGUUUAUACAUAAUACGUAUAAUACAUUGAUAACAACCAAUGACCACGGCUCGUUUAUUCAUCGUGGAUAUUGGAUAAUAAUAUAGAACAACCGUAGAUUCCGCUGAUAAUACGAUAAGAAAAUCAAUAAAUAUAAAAGGGAUUUUUUUACUCAAUAUGUGAUAAAUAUAUUUGUACAAACAACAAUAUCGACUAUCGGUGUAUGUUUUGUAAAGGCGGCCGCGCAUUCGAUUUGGGUGUAUUAUUCGUUGAUACGCGCUGGCCGUACGAUUUCGUGCCGGUUAUUCAUACUUCGGUACCCAGUCUUCACGUCUAUCUGUGCAUCGUGAAAUUUAUAAAUUUAUAAUUAUAUAUUCAUAGAAAUGUUCUUGAGCCUCUGUGUACAUUUUAUAAAUUACUUAUAACACCCAUGUUGUCAUUUAAUAUUAUUUCUAUUUUGAUUGUUGUAGUAUUGUACGUAUUUGUGUAGUUUGUCAUUUCGAGGGGGCACGUUUUACCGAGAGAAAAGCUGUGGGUCAGCUAACCUUCCAACCCCCCCCCUGGGUCCGCCCCUGCUGUCGUUAUAAACCUAUAAUUUUGUAUAAUACUAUUUAGUGGCAAAAACAGAACGAAAUCGUUUGGCCGUCAGAGAACAAAUAGACUGCGAUAACAAAGAGCAUCAGCUAAUCGAGACUAUUCGGAAUGAAGAGAAAGAAAAAGUUUUGAGAGAAUUACGCAAUUGGAAAUCGAAAUCGACGCCACUUGGAAACGAUCAAAGUACGGAUACCAGCUAUAUUAAAAAAUUCAUAUUUUUUUUUUUUUAGAAUAUUAUAUAGGCACGCAAAUCGGAUUUGUUUUCUCUUCGUGAGCAAUGUAAAUAAAAAAAAUAUGAAUCAUAAUUUCUGGCCAUGGGAGAUAUAAAGAAAGAAUAAAAAUAAACAUUUCAAAUUACGAACAAUAAUUUAUAGAACACUGAUAAGCGCCACGUGAAUACAGCAACUCUUACUGACUUAGCGACUAGAAAUAUUAUUAUUUGAUAAUGGAUCUGGCCAAUACAUUAUUACUUUUUUUAAUUAUUAUUUACAGAACCAAAGUCGACUUAAUCUUACGUAGAUUAUGGAUUCUAUUUCGAUAGAUGGUUCACUUAUUUCCGAACAUACCCGGCGCAAUACAUUCGUACUUAUUUUUCUAUUCCAGACAAUGUGAAAAAUGAAAAAGAUUUAUUUUCAAGUAACGAAGCUCUUAGGAUCUAUGAGAUCGAAAACGACGCUGUUCCAAUGUUGCCGAGAUCUAGAGCGUUUAAAUCGAUAGAGAUCAAUCACACGUCCAGACAUUUUGUCACCCCGAGCAGGGAAUCGACCAAAGCAGAUGAGCAGGAGGUAAUAUUUGCAUGCAGUUGUCGUAAUUACGAUACUGCAGGUAGGUAUUUUCAAUGGAAAUAAUAAUUUUCCAUUUGUGCUGUAGUGGCUCCAGAAGCAGACGGCUGCCCGAAGAGCCGCGGGGUUCGUGGAAGAAGAUCUGAGACCCGAAGAACACGAUCCCGAGUGGUGUUUACGAAAAGGAGAGUAAGUCGUAUUUAUAGUAUACUUUUAAAUUUCUAUUCUACAUUUUCUUUUUUUUUCUUCUUUAGGUCAUUUUAAAUCUCUAAUGUAAAUAUACCUUUUAUAUUUACUUCUCUAUUAGAAUCUUUGAACUUUAUUCUCCUUCGAUUCCAUUAUAAAAAUAUAUUCUAUAGGUAAAAUUUAUAACUAUACCUACCCGAUUGUUACUUCAAUUUUUAUCAAAAUUAUAUUUAUCGUUCACUAAAUUAAGUUAGUUUAAGUUUUCAUUGUAUAAACUCAAAUUUGUACAAUUAUAACACUUAUAAUAUUUAUCGAAAUUCGCUAUUCAAUUUUAAUUGCCUAUUCUUAGUACUGCGAUUUAUGCACUCUUAACGGCUAAUUUUGAAAAUUGGAUAAUAUCAACUUUUUCAUUCGGUAUAAUCAAUUUUGUGCUAUUAGUUUUAAUAUUUGAUUACAGUAAAUUGGCGUGUUAUUAAACAUAGAGGCAACAACAUUUUGUCUGUGUUUAGGUGUUGAUUUUUUCUAUGUAAUAAAUUGUAUAUAUGUAAGUAUGUGCAGUAUUAAAAUUUAAAAAUCGUAUCUCGCUUAAAAAUCCCGUGAAAACUUUCUGGGAAAAUCAAAAAAUUACCUCCUUAAAGUACUACCUCAGAAAAAUUCCCUUUCAGAAAAGGUGGUAUACUUGAUACCUCGGAGAUUUCUGAUAGAAUUUUUGUAUACAGUAUACAAAAAAUAAACAUGUUUUUAAAACCAAUACCUUCUUCGCUACACUCAGAAUCUAAAAGGUAAGUAGUACAAUCAUAAUAUAAGGUAUCAUCAAAAUCUUGAGCAAGCAAUUUUAUUUAUAGGUAAUGAAAAGAAAACAAAUUAAUUUUUUCUUUAACCGAGAAGUUAAUAUUUUUAUUUUUUUUCAUUUUUACUUGUAACUGAAUGCUUUUUCAUUAACUUAAUUUAAUCAAGUUGAUUAUUUUCAUUAACUCUCCUACCUAUUUAUUGUUCUUGUACACGGAAAUAAUUUCAUGUAGCACACGUGAACAGCGUUUUUAAUAAAUUGUAAAAUAAACAUAAUUAAUAUUUAUCAACUACGAUAUUUCGUAUAGUUAUACUCAACUCAGUAUAGAAUGUAUACACUUAAUUUAUGUAUAUAGUUAUUAUAUAAUAAAGUUUUAUAUACACCUACGGUCUACGGACUAUUAUCUGGCCCACUUGUAAACACAAUUCGUUGAAAUCUCGACAGUCGUCAUAUAUCUAUUACUUUUUCUUUAAUCAAUUCGUUUAUUGUUUAAGAUUCUGAACGAUUUUAGAAAUGUAUUGGUUUCAAUAAAACACCCAUAAUAUUAUGAUGCGAGUUUAUUUUUCCAUUUGUAUUAACAAUACGUUAUCCGGAUAUCCGCUAUCAAAAACUUUAUUCUAUAUCAGAGAACUCAUUCCGAUCGUCUACUGAAACUACUUCAGGGGCAUGGGUUCUCGUAAUAGCAAAUUCCGUUUAGCUGUUGCAUUGGGGAAAUCAUUUUUCUUCUCGUUGUUUUUUUAAUAAUUGGAGAAAUCCUAGGAAAAAACGAGAGUGUUCACACAAUAAUGAUGGUUUUUGUUAUUUUAGAUUUUGCAUUUGUUGUUGUUUAAUUUACAAUAAUCCACGAUUAUGAUUAAAUAUAUUUAUUAAAGUUUACUAAUGGUUUGCCCCUCCCUACAGUACGUUUAUGAAGGAAUUCAAUUACAUCGGAGCGUUGAGCGCUUAUUCGCACGGCAUCAAGUUGAGUCCUAAAAUGGCCGUACUGUACUUGAACAGAUCAAACGCGCAUAUUCAAGUAAAAAACUACCACAAAGCCAUCGAAGAUGCGUCGACCGUAAGUAUAUUAGUUGUUAUACAAUCUACAAAUUUCUUGUACGCGUUCAAAAAAAAUUUAAUUUGUUUAAUGUAGUGCGAGAAGCGAACUAUAGCAUUGGAUUCUAAUUAUUAUUUUAAUAAUAAAACUUUUACAAUAUUUUCUCCGCUGGUCCCCGAUAAAAAAAAAAAUUAUUACCUACUUUAAACUUUGAAAAUACCGUUUGUCCUGUAUACCUACCGACGUUUUAUUAUUCUACGACACUUCGGUCUACUAAUAACCAAUAUAAUAAAUCAUCGAUGAAUAUUAUGCAUACAUGUUUGAUCCGAUGUUUUGCAAGACUGUUUUCCUGGCUUCCGAUAUUGCGUGUUGCUUUGUACGAAUUAUUGCCAUAAUGUUUUCGUUUUCUUUCUUCAAUUACUGACGCUAUUAUUAUGAAUGGUGUCCGUGCAGUUAGCCUGCGAAUUAGCCGAUUUUAGUGUUCGAUCGUUAAAUUAGUGCGUUUUUCGGUCAAUUUGCAAUUUUAUAAUGUAUUUUAAGUAGGAAUAACAAUGGGUACUCGAUAUCGUCUAUAGCAAUUACGUAUUUCUGAUAGCGUAUUACGCAUUAAUGAUUUAUUACACAAGUAUUAGGUAUAUUAUAUAAGUUAUAAAUAUGAAUCCUGCUUGAUGAUUCAUUAUAAGAAUAUCAACUGCCCAUCCGGUACCGGGUAUAUAUUUUAGGGAGUGGACACGAUCGGUAUGUUUAAAUACUUAAAAAAUGUUGUCACAAAAUCUUUACAAUAUUGCGUUUGACAGUGGCAGAUAAAGAUCAAUAAUACGGAAAAAUUCGAAUUUCCUUUAUACCCGUCCUCAGUGGGGGACAACUACGCGUUAUAGCGCGUAGUUGCCCUAUUCGUAUUGCAGUUUGUGCCAGAAAAUAUCCCUGUAUGUUGCGCCACGGAUGCAGUCCUUUGGCCAUUUCGCACCAUUUCAAGCCAGUUCCGUAAGGUUAGGCGCCAUCCGAGUGUGAAGCUGAAAGGCUGUCUGUCCUAAUAUAAAUAUCAUCGGAGAGUAAUCAUAAAAGAGAACCUGUACAUUGGUGUUGGUUCACAAAAAGAAGACUCCUCCUCCCCCCCCCGCUUUAAUGCGCCACACGAUUCGCCGCCCCCGGGCAAUAGCCCUCCCCCGUUGAACGGGAUUCCGUUUCGAGCACUGAGCGUUCAUUGUCCGAGUGUGCACACGUAAAACGAUAACCGCGCUGAACCCCUUGUUCGCAGGCCUUGGAGCUGAUGGUGCCCGCGGUGGACGGUAACGUGCGUUGGCGGGCCGAGGCGUACUAUAACCGCGGCCGAGCGCUGAUCGAGCUGAACACCGCUCAUUUGGCCGUCGGCGAGCUCAAGGUGGCGCUGACGCUGGCGCCGGACCGGGCCGACGUGUACGGACCCGAGUUGACCCGAGCCAUGGACCUGGCCCCGGGGCACGAACGGGAGCUCGACAAGAAACGGCAAAUGGAUCUGAGCAACGCGCCGACCGUUUUGUAUAAAUGA